GAGAAAAAAUGAGAUUAGGCAUAUGUUUUCCCCGCAAAUGUCUCCUGGGUUGAGUGACUGCUCUGAGAGGGUUCCAUGGGAUUUGAGGAGAGAAUCGAGUGCACCGCUGUCCAUGUACUCCAUCGGGAUCGAGAUGUCGCCGGUGGGUUUCUCGAAAAUCCCGUGGCACCGGAUGGUGUAGGGAGAGUCUGUACGGCAGAGGAUCUCCAUCUCGCGGAAGAUGUGACGGCGGACGCUGGUGUCGCAGUCUCCAUGACGAAGCAGGAUUUGCUUGAAUUCAUACAGCAAUCGACACAAAAUAUAAGAACACUGAAACAGGAUACACCAAAGACGACGAAUCGCUAUGAAAUAUUGAAACAUACAAAUCGGAUGCUAAAUCAAAAUUUAAAUAGAGGCUUUGAAUUCCAUUCGAAAACCAAUCACGGGUUCUGCAUUGGAAGAAUUACCCUCUCAAGCACCACCUAAAGGAGAAAAAGAAGAAGAAGUCUCCGUCGUCGGCGUCGGCGUCGGGUUGUUGAGCAGUCCAGGGUGGAAGUGGGGCGUUUAACAUCUGGGUCUGAAGCCUUGGUGAGUUGCGGUACUUCUAAAGAAACAAACGAGCUGAAGCAGAGACGAGGUGCUCUUCCCUCUUGCGUUCGUAGCGUUUAAGACAUUUUCAAAUUAUGAAAGCUGGAUUUGGUUUUCCAUGACCCAUCCUAUUAAAUUGCCUUUGCCAUCUACGAUUGUACAGGAAGAUGUGAGAUAAAAUCAAAAUCAAUUUGAUCUAGAAAUGCUUUGAGGUAUUCAAAGAUGCACACUGGUUGUUUGAUAGCUGAACCAACAGUUACAGCUUGUACAAAAGGUUAUAAUCUGAGGGAUCAUAUUGAAAAUUUGUAUUUCAUAUUUUACCACUUUCACAAACAAACAUGGGAAAUUUUUUCAAAAUGUAAAAUUUUAUAUGUGUAAUAUUUUACUAGGCAAAAUUUUACACCGAAACAAACGGAUAUAUAAAAAGAAAAAAAAAAAGAUUUAUAAAAUAUCAGUGUCAAUGGUUUAUCAAGUUUUUUUUUGGCUUCGAUAAUUCGGUUGGACUGAUUGGUUUCAGCUUACAAUAGUUCUAAAAAACUCAAAAUUGAAGCCGACCGAUAAAAAACUCAUCUUGUUUGAUAUAAGUGGUCCAACCCAAACAGUUUUUCCAAUUUUAUCCAGUCAAUUUCAAUUCGGACUUCUUUUUGAGACCUCUAUCCCCAACCCUAAAAAACAGAACACAGACACAAAAGAGUGUCAAAGUUUAGUUUUUUUUUUUGGUAGGGUGUCAAAGUUUAGUUAAGUAUAGCCUUUCAUCCGAGGUUAGAAUCCUGGAAAUGAGAUGAUCGGCCGGAUCGAAUCGAUCAAUCCGAUCCAUUUUUUUUAAUCCCUAUUUAAAAUAAGGGAGAGGGAUAGAUAUGCCGUCGAUAUCAAGUAUGCUAGCAGAUAGCACCAAUAGGAACACAUGAUGGAGUAUUAUUCAGGAAAGAUAUGGGAUCAUUUCAGAAAAAAAGGGAAGAAAGAGAUAGACACAAUGAGUGCUAGCAUACUUGAUAUCGGCAAUGUACCCAACUUUUUUUCUUAAAAUAAAUUAAAAAAAAACGCCAAAUAGGAACCGCCACUGCGAAAGUGAACUUCUACCGUUUUCACUCUGAUUUUUGUCUUUGAGACACGUCAACAAUGUAAACCGCGCCCCAACAUUUUUUUCGUCUAAAUUUUCAAAAUCGCCCGCUCCCGCGUUCCUCAUGUCCAUGACGACAGCACUGGUACACUAUUAGUUCCCUCUCUUCUCUCCUCCUUCCUUGUCUCUGUUUCUCUCUCUCUCUCUGUCUCUCUCUCUCUCUCUGUCUCUCUCUUUCUCCUCUUCUAACUUCCCUCUAUCGCCUAAUCUCCGUUUCCUCCUUCCUUUCCCAUUCCCCUCCACCCCUGAGAGAUGGGGAGGCCAACGAAGACCAAAAAACCAGAGAUCUUGGGGAAGGGAAAGGUCACUCCAGUCCAGAUCGCGUUCAUUGUUGAUCGUUAUCUCUCCGACAACAACUACGGUCAAACUCGUUCAAUCUUCAGAACCGAAGCUUCAACUCUCAUUUCGAAAACAAAUGUCCAAGAGGCGCCAAAGAGUUUGUUGAGUCUCGCAUCGAUCUUGGAUGACUACAUUUGCUUGAAGGAGCAAAAGGUGAUGUUCGAGCAGGAGAAGCGAUUGGUUGAGCAGGAAAAAUGUCGCGUUGAGACGCUAUUGAAGGGCAUGCAAGGUGUGAUGCAAGCUUACAACUCUGCCGGAAACUCUUCCCAAUCUUUGACUUCGGCUACGGCACCUAAGUCAAUGUCUCUGAUUCUGCCAUCAGAUCGCAAUACUGAAUCCCCUGCAGCUGGUUUUGCCAUGUCCAGGACUCCCAACACGCAUUCGGUUCCCAGGAGCUCAAACCCUGUUAGGGAUGCCUUAAAUUUCUCAACACCCACCAAUGACCUUGAAGCUACAAACAAGAGAAAGGAUUUGAGGACCAUCACUGAUGCUCCACCAACAGCAAAGAGGCCUUGCAGUCAAAUGCAUGGAAAGUUUCCACCAACUGGAAUUAGCAGUGUGCCAUUGCAAUCUAAUAACACAACCAGUACCAAAGAGACAGUGAAGCAGUUUCUUGGGAUUCAGUCAUCACCAAGUAACCGGGUCCCAAAUGGCUCAACAACUCAGGGAUCCUCUGUUGUGAAGAGCUUGUUCAAGCAACCUUCUCAGUCCCCCCUGAUUCUAACCAUUCCACCUGAUCCUAAGACCCCUCCCCAAGCAUUACCCUCUUCUAGUGAGAAAACUCUCUCUCCAUUGGACAGUUCUUCCCGCGUUUAUUCUACUGACAAUACACAGGAAACCACUCCCAUAAGUUGCUCUAUGGUCUCAUGUGACACAGUUAAUAAUAGUCCUUUCAAGAACAUUACUUGUUAUUCCAAGGAAACCAACCAUUAUGUCUUUUCCUCACCCAUUAAAACAAAUUUAAAGAAGCUAAGUAAGAGAGAUCAUGUGAAAGGAAGGCUAGAUUUUGAUGGCUCUGAUAUUCCCUCGGCAAAAUCCACUACUGCUGAGGUUUACAAACCUGGAUCCAAUGGGGAAGUGGAUAUCUUUGACAUGGAUAUCCCUAAUUUUGAUGUUUUCGGUGUAGAUUUCUCCCUCUCGGAAUUGUUAAUUGAUAUUGACUGUGAAGGGGAUGGAUUUUCUUCUCUGCCAACUUCAAUUCCUUUUUCAGGGUCACCAAAUGGAUCGACGGCAGGAGGUUUGGAGGCUAAUGAAGUAUUAUCAGAAGUUUCAAAAACUGUAACAGAGGUUCUUUCUGAAAAGGAUAUGAAUAUACAGGGUCCAGAUUCUCAGAGGUCGGUGAAAUCUAUAACAAAAUGUAUAAGAAUUCUAAGUCCUGCUAAAAGUCGAAGUUCGUUGCUGGAUCAAGAGAAUCUGUUGGUUCAAGAUUGAUUGAUUUAAUAAUUGAGAUAACUCUUCGGGCUGACGAAGAAAUGUUCACUGUUUAAUGUUCUAACCAAAUCAUUACACCAUCCUGUUUUGUUGUCCGGCAGAACUUUGUUUUCAUUCUUUCUUCAUCUCUUCCCCCUUCAUUUCACCUUUAUAAAUCUAAUUCCUAUCAUUUGUAAUGUCAACUGACCUUGGUAGGCCUGUGGCCUGUGCAUAUACGAAGUAUUGUAAAAGUUACAGUACCAUGAACCUUAUCUGAUGAAAUUUGACUUGUUAAUUUGUCAA